ACUGUGUACAUUAUUUCAUGCAUGGGGUGUGAAAAUGCUUGAUGGAUGAUGAAUUUAGCGGAUCGAUUAGCGUUUAGCGACCUCAAAUGACAGCAAUCUGUCGGACGGAGUGAACUUUGAUUUUGCCCGCCGGCCCAUUGUGCCUAUCCACUAGGCUUGUUGGACCUGGUUCCAUGACUUCUUCAUAAGCCCUGUAAACUUGGGUGUUAAUCUACACACGUGCGCAGUAGAUCAAAGAUCUAGGAUACAGGAUGUCUGCAGUGAGCCGGAGGCUGUUCUCGGGCUCCAAGAAGGGGCGGAAGCCGGGAUCGACCUCCAGCAAGACCGGUGCGGAGAUGGAUCUGGACGGAGGGGUCUCCUCGGACCCUGGUUCCAGGAGUCGCAGGGCUGUAACAAUCGCCGGCACGGAUGCUAGCGGCAUGGACCGACUAAGCCCCGAGGUAUCGUCGGACCUCUCCUCCCCCCAGCUAUCCCAUCAUGCCUCGCUGACCAGCAAGGACACCCUCCCGUUGCCGGACUCGGACGUCAUCACGCGCUCCCGCAGCCUGAAGGGCAAGCGCCACUCAGAGUCCAGCCUGGACAGCGGCAGCACGCGGCCGGCCAGCGUGGCUGUCUGCGGCUCGCCCAAACUCGGCCGGCGCUCGUCCAAGACUGGUUCCUCCACCAGUCUGAACUCGGACUGCAUGGACGCCCCCAUUGUGAAUCACGAGGAGAUUCUGCAGCUGACCAGGGACGUCAGGACGUUUUCGGAAUCUCUGAAUCGACUCAAGUUCAUCUUCAAUCCGGAUGGAGAGAGAACAGAGUCCCUGCGAGUUCUCGCCCACGACAAGUUGCGGGACCUGCUCAACAUUCUCCGCAACAUCCUGGAUAAGUACAGUGCCCUGCGCUCCACGGACGUGCAUACGGCAGCCGUACUGCUCAUCACACAGAUCAAGAGUUUGAAGGAUGAAAGUGAGGAGGAGAGAGUCAAGCUGUUUGAGGCGAUAGACCAGCUGGCCCUGGCUUUCAGUAGCAGUGUGACAGAAUUUCUAAUGGGAGAUGUGGAGCAAGGCAGCGUGGGAUUCCCCUCCUCAAAGUCGUAUGACAGCCUAUCAUCCAUGACAGCAAGCUCGGACGGCGGCAAUGCCUACAGCCGGCAGACGUCGCAAGACGGCAGGGAACCAGGGAGUUUAUCAGCCAAUGAAGUGGACGAAAGCCUGAUGCGUUCGGAUUCUGGUCUUGAGACGGCACUAGACCGGGCCAAAGUCUGGUCCAAAUAUGCCAAAGAUGUCAUCAGCUACGUGGAGAAGAGAAUUCACUUAGAGACGGAAUUUGCAAGAAGUCUUGCCAAGCUAGCGGUUUCAACUCGCACUAAUCUCAAAGAAGAGACGUAUUUACCCUUCCAGUCAACUUACCUUACAGCAUUGGAACAUGAUGUGAACUAUGCUCACAACUGCGAUGCUACUCAGUCGCACAUCCAGGGACAAAAAUUUGUCCAGCAACUUGAAGCGAGGCGGGUAGAGCACGACAAGAGGAGAAAACAGAUCCGCCAAACCUGGACCAUUAUGAAGAAAGAAAUGCAAGAUCGCAAGACCAACCUUGAGAAGUGUCGUCAGCAGUACAUCAACCGUUGCCAGGAGUAUGAGAAAAGCAGCGAGUCGACCGCCAAGACGGAGACUGAGAUCUUGAAUGCCAGCGGCGGGUCCAACGCCGGCAAGCUGGAGAAGAAGAAGAAGGCCGAGGAAGAUGCUCUCGGGAAGGCUAAGGAAGCAGAAACGACAUACAGGGCAUGCAUCUUUGAGGCCAAUGCCAAACGAAAGGAGAUGGGCACAGUUAAGAAAGAUCUUUUGGUCAAAGUCCGGGAACUUAUUUACCAGUGUGACCAAACAAUGAAAGCAGCGACAGUCAGUUACUUCCAGUUGCAGCAUUCGCUCUCUGCUCCGGCCCCCGUCCAGUUCCAGACGCUGUGCGAGCAGAGUCGGUGCUACGAGCCGGGCGUCCAGUACGCCGAGUUUGUCAAACACAAGUCCCGUGUCAAAGGUCGCGCGGCCAAGCACGAGGAGCCCUUUGUGUUUGAGCGCUACAUGGUAUUUGACAAGACACGUAAGCCCAGCUCCCAUUCAGUGGACAGCACGGAGGACGACCGGGCCAGCUCCCCAAGCAAGCUGGGUCAAGGGUCACGCAGCGGCAACUCACCGGAGAGAACCGACAAAUCCAAGCCCGUCCAUGCCUGGGGGGCAGGCACCGCACCGGCCAACACGCAGGCCGCCAGCGACUCGGACAGUCUGAGCGGCAGCUCCACCAAGUCGGUGGAAGCCUCGCCCUCGGCCAGCCCCAUGAACGGCCAUCGGAACCUGAGCAGAGAAGCCUCGACGGGAACCAUGUCAUCAGGGGACGAACUGGCCGACAACGAGGACAGCAGACCUGUCUCUACUGGCACUAAGCUCAUCGAGCCCGUGCCCAGCUCCUUCCGCAAUCUUGCCUUCACCAAAGCCGCCCAGACCCACCAGAUCCGCAAGCUGCGCACGCCCUCCAAGUGCCGGGAGUGCGACAGCUACGUGUACUUCAACGGCGCCGAGUGCGAGCGCUGCGGCCUGGCCUGCCACAAGAAGUGCCUGGAGUCCCUGGCCAUCCAGUGCGGCGGCAAGCGCCUGCUGGGACGCAUGAACGUCUUCGGGGUCGGGCUGAAGGACCACCUGCGGCUGACGGGCCGGGAGGCGCCGUUCCUGGUCACCAAGUGCUGCGGGGAGAUUGACCGGCGGGCGCUGCACAUCAGGGGUGUUUAUAGGGUGGCUGGGCUAAAGGUCAAAGUUGAGAAGCUGUGUCAGACCUUUGAGAAUGGUCUUGACCUCGUUGACCUAUCAGAGACACCGCCCCAUCUCAUCACCAGCGUGCUCAAACUCUACCUCAGACAACUCCCUGAGCCCCUGCUGACAUUCAAGCACUACCCGGAGUUUGUCAAUAUUGCCAAGGAGUUUCCCCGCAGCCUCAUAGAGAGCCCGGAGGAGGAGGAGCGAUUGAUCACCAAGCUGCGGGCCAUUGUGACCAGCCUGCCGGAGGAGAACUUUAAGACGCUGAGGGUCCUCAUGCACCAUCUCAAAGGCGUGUCUGAAAACGAAGACUACAACCAGAUGACAGCCAGUAACUUGGGCAUCGUGUUUGGACCCACCCUCCUCAAGCCAAAUGACAACACCGCGUCCCUAUCUGCCUUAGUGGACAUGCCCUUCCAGACGAGAGCCAUUGAGAUGUGUGUAGCCUACGCACAGGUGUUCGGUAGCCGCGAGACACCAGUGGAACAGUUUCACCCGGAACCGAGAGAACCUUCCCCCACGCUCCCAGAACUGAACCAAGGUACAGGGAGUAACUCCCCCAACAAAAGCACUAACAACUCCACCCACAUGACCUCGCCCGCCGUGGAUACGACCCGGGGUCGUCGCCGGGUGCCCGGCUUUGCGUUGCCGGGCAGCAGCGAGGACAGUGAGGACAUCUUGCCAUGUUUGGCUGCCGACGUCGGAUCCGGGGAGGAAGGUGAUGGGGACAGCUCUGGGAACGAGGGCGAGGCAGAAGAGGCAUCUGCCAGUGAAGACCAACCAGAUUCGGAUCAGGACACGUCACCCUCCGUCCCCCGCCGGUCCGCCAAGCAGCAGCACCCCCUAGAGUCUUCCCCACAGCCUAUCAAACAGACCCUCCUGUCGGUGGCUAGUCAGUACCACAAGACCCACUUGUCCUCGUCCUUGCCCGACGCCCUCAGCCCGUCGUCCCCCGACACCUCCGGUCAGACGUUGACCUCCUCGCCGGGCCUGCAUUCCCCGUCGGCCCAAGAGGGCUACGUCCCCAGCGCGUACUCGGCCGACCCCCCGCAACGCCAGGUGCUGAUGACCGAGGCCGAGGUCAUCAAGGCGUCGACGCCGGGGGGCGCGGCAUCGAACCCACCCUCCGCGUCUUCAACGCCAACCGAGUCCAGAGAUCAAACGGGACCCUCGACGCAAACCAAACCAAAAGAGCCCCGGUCAACUAAAUCGCGACAGCCGCAGUUUGUUUGAAAUCUCCGAUCUGCCUGGAGCAGGAUCGGAGGAUCGAAUUUUUAUUUAUUGAAAGAACAAUGGAUUUAACGUGUGCUUUUUAAGGUGAACGGAUUUGCAACAAUUCUUUAAUCCUCAUCUGGGAACUAUCAUUGGAUACCCAACUUUGUGUAUGUGGAACU